AUGGCAGAGAUGACACUGACGCGUUUCUUCUUCAAGCGAGGUUCUUGCUACUGUUGGUCACAGUCUACCAUAGAAAGCUGUGUUUUCCAUAGAUCUCGUGUACACAAACAAAAUAUCCAUGAGUUUAGUCGGGAUUCGGGAUGGAAGAUGAUGUAUAUGGUUGCAUCGGCUCAAAAGGAGAACUUCAACAUCUUCGGCAUGGAUUCUACUCCAUCUUCUGAUGUAAUAAGUGUUGGGAAUAUAAGGGUUUGGUCCGAUGGUAAGAGUUCUGGACUUGCAAUGAAGGGUAAGAGCUGGAGAGACCUGAAAGGCUGA